AUGGGAGUACACGGUCGGAUUGUGGAUAGACCUGUCUUUCACCCCCACCUCAACGGAGAUGGUGGCGGCGUCCUUUUGGACAUCGGUGUAACCUUCUCACGGGACCUCUGGCCGUGGACUGGCUACCUUGCCCUCCACAUCUCCGUCCGUGACACACCCAGGGCGGCAACCUUCCGAGGACUGGGUGAGGGGUGGAUUAGUCUUAAGGUGGAGUCAGAUGAUCCUAAAACCCAGACGACCCUCUCAACCGAAUUGAAGCUGGCACUUCGUGUGCCUAUCAUCCCGACACCCAAACGAGAGAUGCGGAUUCUCUGGGACACCUUCCACAAUAUUCGGUACCCUGCGGCCUACGUGCCUGCGGAUGAUUUGACCAUGACUUUGGCGUCUCUUGAUUGGCUGGGAGACCACAUCCACACAAAUUUUCGCGACCUCUACCUCUCCCUGCGCGGAGCAGGCUACUUUGUUGAAGUCCUUCAGCAACCAUUUACAUGUUUCGACGCCUCGAAAUACGGAACUCUGAUGAUUGUGGAUCCUGAGGAGGAGUUCUGGCCAGAGGAGGUUUCGAAGUUACAGGCUGAUGUUUAUCAGAGGGGCCUUUCCCUUCUCGUCUUUGCUGGCUGGUUCAACACCUCCGUUCAAGCAGCACUAAAAUUCUACGACUUAAAUAAUAGACGUUUGUGGGUGCCAGUCACAGGAGGUACCAAUGUGCCCGCUCUCAACACUCUCCUGGCUCCCUUUGGUGUUCAAUUUGGAGACCGGAUUUUUGGUGAAGGAUUUAAAGUUGGUGAUUUAAUGGGUAAGAGCCUGGUUUCGGUAUUUCACGUUAAUUGA